AUGCCGAGGGGUGAUUCAGUGUUUCACACAGCAAAAGAACUAAUAUGCCACUUAAAAGACCAUGUAGUGGAGGGGGCAAUCCAGGAUACUUAUGGGUGCAUUAACUGGGACGUAAAAUUCCUGCCCCUUGGAGAGACCCCUGAAAGCCAACAGGAAAAGAAAGAAAAACUGAAGAUGAUGUCUCAGCAAACUGCUGCAAAUCUAGAGGAGGUCAAACAUCUAAUGAAGUUGACUUUCUACACACAGCGUAAACAAGUCAACCAGGGUAAAAAUAUAAAAUGCCUUCUGGAGGAGUGGCCAUUUUGGUUCAAUGAACUUGGCAUGGCAGUUCACUUCAAGGAACUUACCGGAAUUGGUCUUAAAGAAACUUUCACGCGGAAUCUGGAAUUGAAGGGGAAACGACUCUUGAACUACUUCAGUACUGUUGGUGUGAACAAGAACCAAAAAUUCCUGCAGGCUGUAACAAAGUGUAACAUGAUGAGGGAACAGGUGGGUAGUUGCUCUCAAGACGUGACCGAGAUGUUGCUGCUUUUGCUCUCCUACUUUAACGAGAAGGAAGACGCAAUGUACCAUUAUGUGGAGGACACAAGCCUGGCAGAGGAAGUAGAAAUGGAAAAAGUAAAUUUGACUCCCACCCUUGUUGUGUGUGGCCAGACUCCUGAAACAAGCAGCUCAUCUGUUAGUGCCUCGCCAGAACCUCUCGCAACCUUGCAGCAUCGUUCACCCGGUAGUUCGCAAUCAUCCUGUUACAGCAGCUCCCAAAUUAUGUACAGUUUUAUACUGUAA